UGACUGGAGCCGCAGCGCAUCGUUGCGAUGAAUGACACAUGGAGUAUGAAACCUCCCUACGCAAGGACUGGCCAACUUCCUGACGCUUUAUUAACGAUAUGCCCGGCUGAUAUCUUGGACCUGCGAGUGCAGAACAUUUAUAGACCCCCGUUGAUCCGAAAGAUCUCCGAGCCAUAUCAUUAUCAUCGUACCUUGGGAUUACAGGAUUCAAGUGAGAUAUGGGUCUCAGAAGAUGGGUUAAUCGCACAGUGCGUGGGGUUAGAGACCCAACACGAGGCAAUGAAGGCUAUUCAGCAGAAAAACAACGCGAAUGGACACUGGAAACGAUCGACUCCUCUGGCUAUCAGUGGUGGGUUGUAGUGGUGGCUGGAAUCGGAUUCCUGACCGAUUCCUAUGAUAUAUUCGCUCUCAACGUUGUGACGCCGAUGCUAGGGUUUGUGUAUUGGCCAGAGGCUGGGGUCAUGCCUCCCGGGUAUAAGACUGGGAUGAUGUGCGCAACACUUGCCGGAACUAUGGUCGGACAGAUUGCCUUUGGCGUAGCAGCAGACUUCCUGGGUCGAAGGAAGAUGUACGGCCUUGAGUUGAUCAUCGUUAUCGUGGCUACUAUCCUCCUCGCGAUGAGCUCACGUGGAGCAGCGAAUAGCAUGGCCAUCGAAGGCUGGCUCUUGACCUGGAGAUUCCUCAUGGGCCUGGGGAUUGGCGCCGACUAUCCCUUGAGCGCUACGAUUACGUCUGAAUUUGCGCCUAGGAAGCAUCGUGCUCGCAUGAUGGCAACUGUGUUCUUCAUGCAGCCAAUUGGCCAGCUUUUGGCGACUGUGAUAUCUCUUGCUGCUGUGACAUCUUGGAAGGGCUACAUUACAGACAAUGACAUUGCUUGUCGUGCUGAUGGUGAUUGUCUGCGUGCGAUCGACAAGCUCUGGCGGCUGGUAGUUGGACUUGGUGCAGUACCGGCACUUAUAGCCUUGGCUUUCCGUCUCACCAUCCCAGAAAGCCCUCGCUACAAGAUGGAUAUCAAGAAGAAGUUUCAGAAAGCAAGUGACGACACUGACAAUUUCUACGGGCGGGAAUUCGACUUGGAGGAAACCGUACAACUCAAUACUAGUGAGCCCUACCACGAGCACGCGCAUGAGAUGCACAAGGUGCCAGAUGCGAGGGCCUCGUCCAUUGCUCGUGGCGCGUUGACUCCGUCUCCAAUGCCAUCACCUGGCUACGGUCAUAGUCCAAGCUUUGCACCUCCUGGGAGCGACACCAUCGGCCCUGAAGAUGAUGUGCUUGACAUCGAUCAUGAUACGCAUUACGUGGACGUAGUGGAUAUUGAUCACACUCCUCAAGAACGUCAUUCAAUCGGAGGACACAGUGACCACCUUCCGAAUCCUCUCGACGACCCACCAGAUGCCUCUCAGGAAGACUUGAGGAAUUACUUCAUCACUCAAGGCAACUGGAUCUGGCUUGCCGGCACCAGCUUGUCAUGGCUCAGCCUCGACUUCGCCUUCUAUGGUCUCGGCCUUUCAUCUCCAGAAAUCCUAUCACACAUCUGGUCACCCAACAAAGGCCGCCUGCCCGUGUACAGCACGCUCAAGAACAACGCGAUCCAGUACCUCGUCCUAGUCUCAAUCGGCGCAACCGUCGGCGGCGCAGCCAUGAUCAAAGUGACCAAAUACGCAAGCCCCAAAGUCAUCCAAUUCUGGGGCUUCGUCGUCCUAGCCAUCCUAUUCAUCGUCACGGGAAGCGUCUGGGAAACCCUCCUCAAAGACAGCGGCGACAAGCAAUCCACAGGCCUCUACGUCCUCUACGUCCUCUGCCAACUCGUCUUCAACCUCGGUCCCAACGUCACCACCUUCAUCAUCCCCGCCGAAAUCUUCCCUACCCGCUACCGCGCAACCUGUCAUGGUCUGUCUGCCGCAGCCGGCAAGCUGGGCUCGUGGGUCGCACAGCUGUUCCUUGCCUUUGCGCCCUUUAUGAAGAAUCCGGAGAGCGAUCUGGGACAUGUGCUGCAGGUUAUGGCGGCGUUUAUGGGGGCCGGGGCUGUGGUGACGUGGUUCUUGGUGCCGGAGACGCGGGAUCGUGAGGGGAAGAGUCGGACGUUGGAGAUGUUGGGGCUGGGCAGGGAGGGGCUGGCGGCGUGGAGGGAUGAGGAGAGGAGGAGGGCGAGGGAGGCGAAAGCGGAGAGGGAUAUGGGGGCUUGA